CCUUCUUGAUCAGAGUCUCCAUGCGAAAUGCGAACAUCCAACAAUCAAUAAUCAAACAGAGGAGGCAACUGAGGAAACGACAAGUAGACAAUUGCGGCAAGAUAGACCGCCCCGGCACUUGCAGUCGGAAUCAGCAAGCAAGACGGAUCUAAACGCACCGAGUUGGAACAUCGGGUCGUACAACUUAUGAUGGUCCUUUGAGGUCGAAACAGCAACAAAAAAAUACCUUACAACUCAACAAAGCUUCGACACCACACUCGUUUAAUUUCUAGAGCUGUCUCGGUCGAGAUCAGACAGCCUAUCGAGCUAUCGGCCACGUCUUACGGUCCAGAUCACAGCAAGAGCUAGGGAAAGGAACCAAAGAUAUCGUGAGAAGGGGAACAGAGCGAAAUGAUGGAUUCCAACGCUAUUCAGGUCGCAGUCCGCGUCAGGCCUUUGACGACCUUUGAAGCUGCCCGGAUCCCUGAAGAGACCGGCGAUGCAUUCUUCAUGGGCGACGGUGGUCUAGCAGGCGGGAAUACCAAUAGCACGCCUUCGAAGUUGUUGAACGUGCCUGGAGGAAGUGGGAUGUACGGGAACGUAGGGGGAAUGUGGAGAGAGGUCGUUGACGUGGUCGAUCACAGGACUCUGAUUUUCGAUAAACCCGACCCGAACCCUACUCGAUCGUUUCUUUCCGGUGGUAAACAACCGCCUGGAGCGAAACGGUACCGCGAUCAGAGGUAUGCGUUUGACAGGGUCUUCGCGAAGGAAACUACUCAGGACGAGGUGUUCGAUAAAACGGCCAAACCGUUGUUACCCGGUCUAUUUGAUGGCUUCAACGCGACCGUCUUUGCAUACGGAGCAACCGGGUGUGGAAAGACGCACACAGUCAGCGGGACGAAAGAGGACCCCGGUCUUAUCCACAAGACGAUGCAGGAACUGUUCAGACAGAUCGACGAGAGCGAGGCGGAGUGGGAUACCAAGGUCACCGUCUCUUUCCUCGAGAUCUACAACGAAUUGAUUAGAGACUUGCUCUCGGACGACUACCCUUCCUGUCCUCGAGGUGGGCUGAGUUUGCGGGAAGACGAGAAGAACCGGGUCAAGGUGGCUGGGCUGGCAGAAAAGGUGCCCAGAUCGGCGGACGACGUGCUGGAACACGUCCUGUUGGGAAACUCUAGGCGGACUUGUUCGCCGACGCAUGCCAACGCCGAGAGUUCUCGAUCACAUGCGGUGCUCCAGGUGAACAUCAGCAGGAGGCCUAAGGGAGGGGACGAGGUCGACAUGGCCGCGGGCACAGUGACGACUGCGAUCAGCUCGGCGACCCUGUCCAUCAUCGAUUUGGCCGGGAGUGAGCGAGCGAGCGCGACACAAAACAUGGGAAACAGAAUGAAGGAAGGAGCCAAUAUCAACAAGUCUCUACUCGCCCUCGGGAACUGUAUCAAUGCGCUCUGCAUGCCGCCCUCGAGGGGAGGCGGACAACAUAUCCCAUAUAGGGAUAGCAAACUCACGCGGCUUCUCAAGUUUUCGCUCGGUGGAAACUGUCGGACGGUCAUGAUCGUCUGCGUGUCUCCCUGUUCGGUGCACCUCGAAGACACGGGCAAUACCCUCAAGUACGCCAAUCGGGCCAAGAACAUUGUCACCAAGGUCUCGCGCAAUGUCAACGGGGUCGAGAGGAAUAUCACCCAGUAUCUCAAGGCGAUCGAGGAGAAGAACGCGACGAUCGCCAUGCUUCAAGCGCAGUUGAACGAAAAGACGAGCGAGAGAUCGGUCGCCGAGCAGAGAAAGGCGGAUCAGGCGAGGAAAGAGGCAGAAAAGGUCAUGAGCGAGAUGAAGAGCAAGACGGCGUCUUACCUCCCGCCCAUGAUCGCGGGAGCGUCGUGUCGAGCGAUGUGGGACGCAGCCGAGUUGAGGAUCGAGGUGCUCAAGAAACGAUUGGCCGAUAUCAAUUCGAUGGAGCGUGGAGCGGGACCGGCCGAGUUGGAGGAGAAGUCGGUACUGGAGAAACUGAUCGGACGCGAGGAACAGACGUAUGGCAAGAAUAACGAGGUGCAGACCAAGUUGCGAGACGCUUCGACGCAAUCGAGCUUUAUGGACAUGCUCUUGCGUAGCAUGCAGGAGAAAAAGUUUGACAAGCUGGAAGAAUCUGACGUUGUCAAUAUCAGGUUGGAGGCGUCCUUGCAAAAGGCCGAAAGUAGCAAGGCUCAGCUGGAAGAGCGGGAAAAGGCGUACCGAGCGAGCAUCAAGAUGCAGGCAGAAGCGAUGGCUAUACUCUUUGGAGCGUUUGUCCGGCACUCAACGAAGGUGAAGAGCAGCGCGCUGGACGUAAGGGAAUCGCCUGCGGUUGCCGAAUUGCUCGACGAAUUCGCUAGGGAAGCCGAUGCUAUCACAGCCAGCCUGUUGGGUAUGAAAGCCGCACCGAUGAUGAGCCCGGCUAGACAGACCUCACCGGCGUAUCGAGAAAAGCUGUUCCUCCCGCCCUCUUUGCCGACAGCUAGUCUUCCGGUCGCCAGUCUGGGACAACCCUCUCGUCCGAACAAGCGUAUGUCGCUCGCGCCUAUGCCUGGCUCGGCCGUCAAACCUUCCCCUUCCAUGCGACGUAUUAUGGGACCAUCGGCUGCUCGAAUAGCAUCGCCUGUGCGGGCAUUCUUUUCGCCCCGCAAGCGGUCCAAGCCUCCUACCAGUUCGUUCAUGAAGCCCAAGAGCUUGGGAACGGAGAAGAAAAAAGUCGUAUGGCGGGACGAAGCCGGCGACGGAACCAUCAAUGAUGUCCGACAUGAUUCGGGCAUGCAAGGUCUAGGUUCGAGCGAGGACGAUACGCCACCUGCUACACCUACUCCAGCCGUAGAGACAGAAGAAACGGCCUGGAUAGACGACAGCGAGGAUCAGUUGAGCGGAGACGUAUCAAUGCCUAGCUUGGUGUUCAAGACCAACAUCAGCGCUAAGCCCGUCGCCAAAGAAGUCCCUGCCAUCCCCGAAUGGAAGAAGAACAGGCUCGCGAACCGUACCGCGCUAAGCCAGUUGAUGGCAGUAUCCGAAGACAGCAGUUUCGACUCUUUCCCCGAGCCCAAACUCGCCUCAAAGAACGCUCGUCUUACCGCGAUGGGCGGACCUAUUCGUCCAGGUCGUGCAUCUCUGGCUCCCCUGCGUCCUGCCGAACCGCUGCAAUCGUCGUCGGCUGCCAACUCAAGACCCACGUCGGCCUCCUCCAGGCGAACUUCGCUCGCGGGAUCGGCGGGACCGACAAAGCCUAAACCAUUCAGCUUUGCCGUUGGUAAUGAAUCAAUGUCUACCUUGACCCGUCCCACAGCCACCAGCGCAGCACGAACGGCUAACGCUAGCGCCGGCUUGAAUUACCCGGGAUCCUCCAUGGGUCCACCUUCCAGGCGACUCUCAUCGGCAGGACCUAUAAGGACGGAGAAGAAGAGGAGCCGUACUUCGCUGUUGCCCGUUCUCGAAGAUGGCGAUGCGUCGAUCGGUGCAAGCCAUAGUAAGAUGCUCUUCAGCGGACUCCUCUCGCCAAGCAAGAAAAGUUCUCCCCGCAAAGCUUCGCGUCGACUAUCCAUCAAACCGCCUAUCCCUUCGCAACUAGCCACCUCUGCCUAUGUACGACCCGCCAACCAGGUUCCAACGACGUCCAACUCGCCCACGGUCGCGCCUCCCACACUCCGAGCGGCAAUGCCGACAUUAUCCAGUCAAAGCAAGGCGAUGCCAGCUUCUCUGCGCAGGCUGCCGUCGAUGGCGUCCAUGUCCGGGAACGACAGCGAUCGUGAUUCGGCUAGGAGUGCGACGGGAGCGCCGGUUAGUGGGUUGGCGAUGAGGCCGCUGGUCCAUAUGAAACUAUAGAGACAGCCUCGCUACGAGAGUAUUGAGUUCGAGAUCAUUUACGCCUGCAAGUUACCAUCGACGAUAUAUCACGUGUUGUUGUUACGAACCAAGUCUACUUUUGUAUUUAUAUAAUGACCGAUAUCAUAGCGCU